UCCAUGGCGUCCUCGCAGCCUCCACCUUGGGCGUCGCGACCUUCUUCCCGUGAGCCUUGCCGCCGCCGGCGUGCCGCUUUCAACUUCCCAGCAGCCUUCUCGCGGCGCAGCCCAGCGGACACCGAAGGACUCCAAGAUGUCGGUCGUACCUUUGAAGGACAAGAGACUCCUGGAUGUUAAACUUGGGGAGCUGAUGAGCUGGAUAAUGAUGCGGGACUUCACCCCCAGUGGCAUUGGCGGGGCGUUUCAGAGAGGCGGGGGGGGACAGGGUACACUGGAGAUGGACCUUCUGAGGUUUGCCCACCUUUUCUCUGCCACCUGCACAAGAACACUGCUGGGCGUGCAGCAGCUGCACCCAGUCAGAGCGCGAUGGGUGGGACGCUGCGAGAGGCUGGCGGCAGCGCGUCAGCCAGUGUCCACAAUCUGCAACAGUGCCCUCUCAGGGCAUCCACUGGGCCCAGGGAGCCAGAAGACAGAUCAGCGCCAGCCUCACCCCGAGGUCUCAGUGGAGGAAGAAGCAGGAGAGGAUGGCUUCGGAACUCUUUCUAACAAAUACUCGUCACGAAGGAUGUUCCGCAAGUCCACGGCCCAGUUGUAUAACUUGCGGCUCCAAGAACUGGGAGCUGAAGAGGAGGAAAGGGAUCCUGAGCCACGUGUGUGGCAGGGCACCCGGAACACCCCAUAUUGGUACUUCUUCCGAUGCAAGCAGCUGAUCCGGGAGGGCAAGCUGGCUGAGGCCUUGGACCUGUUUGAGAGGCAGAUGCUGAAGGAGGAGCGAAUCCAGCCUCUCGAGUGCAACUACACAGUGUUGAUCGGUGGCUGUGGGCGUGCUGGCUACCUAAAGAAGGCCUUCCGGCUCUACAACGACAUGAAGAAGCGGGACCUGGAGCCGUCAGACGCCACGUACACGGCCCUGUUCAACGUGUGCGCCGAGUCCCCCUGGAAGACCUCAGCCCUGCAGAGCGCCCUGAAACUCCGGCAGCAGCUUCGGGCCCGGAACUUCCAGUUCAAUCUGAAGACGUACCAUGCGCUGCUGAAGGCAGCUGCAGUGUGUGCAGGUCUCCCACUGUGCCUCGAAGUUUUCAAGGAGGUGGUGCAGAAGGGCCACACGGUGACAGAGGAGACCUUCAGCUUUCUGCUCGUAGGCUGCAUCCAGAACAAGGAACACGGCUUCCGCCAGGCACUGCAGGUGUGGAGGCAGAUGCUUCAGCUGGGGCUCAAGCCAAGCCGGCACGGCUACAACCUGCUGCUGGAGGCAGCUCGGGACUGCAGCCUGGGGGAUUGCACGGUAGCAGCGAAGCUGCUGCUAAGGCCCCAGGAGGAGCAGGGCCUGCUCCAACUCCCAGCAGGGUUCCAGGCAGUAUCUGGCAUGGUGACCACAAGGCAUGUGGAGGCCCUGGAACGGCAACUGCUUCUGGAACCUUCUAAGGUGCUGGGGAGCCUUCCAGGGCUUCAAGAUCAACAUGCCAAAGACCCUGAGGUGGGAGCCCAGGCAGUGCCUCAAUGCUCAGUGGCCAUAGAGCCACCGACUCCUGCACCAGGAAUCAACCUGCUGCACCUGGAGGCAGUGCCAUCCACGGUGGUGGCCUUUGGGGCAGUGUCCACCCCGGCUGACAGGCUGGCCUUGAUGGGAGGCCUAGAGGGCUUCCUGGGCCAGAUGGCAGAGCAUGGAUUGAAGCCCGACAUCAAGACUCUCACUCUGCUGGCUGAGGUGGUGGCGCCUGGGAGCGCUGCAGAGUCCUCACUGCUGGGACUGCUGGACACGCAUGCACUGGAGGCUGAUGUCACAUUCUUCAACACACUAGUGCGCAAGAGGAGUAGGUCUGGCGACCUGGAGGGGGCCAAGGCACUGCUCCCCAUCCUGGCGAAGCGGGGCCUGGCCCCUGACAUGCGAACCUUCUGCAGCCUGGCUGUUGGGUGCCGGCGGCCAGCAGAUGGACUGCAGCUGCUGGCAGACAUGAAGAAAUCCCAGGUGCGCCCCAACACCCACGUGUACAGCGCCCUCAUAGGCGCAGCCAUCAGGAGGUUGGACUAUGCCUACCUCAUCGCUAUCCUCAAGGACAUGAGACACAGCCGUGUCCCAGCCAAUGAGGUGCUUAUCCGGCAGCUAGAGUUCGCCGCCCAGUACCCACCUACCUUCAACCGGUACCAGGAGAAAAACACCUACUUAGAGAAGAUCGACGGCUUCCGAGCUUACUACAAGCAGUGGCUGGAAGCAAUGCCUGCAGAGGAGACACCGCACCCCUGGCAGAAAUUCCGGACCAAGACCAAGGAAGCUUGAGACAUCGGUGUGUCCCAGAGGCCAGCACAGAGAAUGUGGGGGCAGGUGACAGCAACCUGGAGCCCCUGGCCAGCUGUGCCCUAACAGCUACACUUUUCCUGUAAGGUGGGCAGCCGAGUUCAAAACCCUGCUGUCCUGCCCACUGCCCCCAAAAAGAACACACACAGCUGGGAGGUAUCAGGU